AUGGUUGUAACCAAAACAAACCUGAAUCAACAUCUUGAUUGGUUUUUUCGUAAUGGCCCUCAAAAAUUAGAAUACAACAAGCAACCUUCUGUCUCACUUAAUUUUGACAAUGUUUCAGUCGACUGGUCGCAGAAAGCUACUUUGGCACCCAUAAAGUCAGUAAGUCCUCCAAAGUCAAACGUACUGGACAUGUUUGAUGAACAGCAAGCCAUUGAUUUGACAGAUGACUUCCCAAAAUCCAUGGUACUUAAAAGACAGUCAUCAUCUGGUGAUUCUGAUAAGUAUAAUUCCAAGCGAGCAAGGAGUACUAAAGCAGUCGACAGUGAAGAAGAAUUUGACGAUGUUGACGAGGAGUUUCUUCGAGCUGCUGAAAUGGAGGCUUUUCAAAAACAACCUUCCUAUGCUCCAGCCUUCGUGGAACACUCAUCUGUACCUGAAUCCGUGUUGAAUCCCAUACCUCAUAUUGAUAAUCAACAAUACAGCGAUGAAUUCCUGAACGGAAAAGGCUCGUUUUGUACCCCUGAUGAUCAAAAAAAUUCCAAUACGCAUGCUGCAACUCCUGUUCGUCAGUCUAGCAUACCAGAAAAUCACCGUUCAUUAACUGCUACACCCAAUUCAUCCUCCAUCUCUUUAGACUUUUGUUCUUGGCCUCGGGAUAAUUUGCAACAUUACUUAGAGAUUCUGAGAGAGGAGAAAAGUGAACUAAGCGAUCGAAUCAUCGAAAUGAUGGAGAAUGAUCCAACCUCUAUGCGAUUCAAAGAAUGGAUUCCCAAACGGGAUGUUUUGAGUCGUAAAAUUUCUCUUGUCCAUGAUGCUAUUUCAAACUCGGAAUACCCUUUGCAACCUUCUAAUCUUACUACCCCUUCAAGGGAGCAGGAAAGGGAACAUGAACCUACUUUUCCUUCGACGUUUGUACCUGAAUCAGUAAUGAAGCAAAAAGAGCUUCCACAAGCUCCGCCGUUCAACAGUACCUUUAAUAAUGAAAAGGUUGCUGCUACCCCUACUGUUUCAAAUGCUUCGGGAAACUUUGUGGAGCAGCCUUAUGAAAAGGAUAUAUCUUCUACGGAUAUCGACAGUUUCGAAUUUAAUGAUGCUGACAUCACUUUUCCAGCAACUGAUCCCAUCCAGGAUGUUCCGAGCUCUCCCAACGAAGCCUUGUUAAUAGAUAGCGACAACAAUGGUUAUGCCAAUGACAAACAGAACACUAGCCCGAACGAAGCACAGCACGAAAAUAUUCCCCUAAGAGAGAUUCAGAAUGGCAGGCUAAAUAUAAAUGCUAGUCAAUCAAGAAAUGAAGAUAUGGACAGAAGCCAUCUAGUUCAACUCCCCCCGAAAACGGAUCCUGCUUUGAACCAUAGGUGGUCAUCUGAGCUUCUUCAUGUGUUGAAGCACACGUUUAAUCUCAAAGGGUUUCGGAGAAAUCAACUGGAUGCUAUUAACGGGACGCUUUCUGGAAGGGACGUCUUUGUUCUAAUGCCCACAGGUGGUGGUAAAUCAUUGUGUUACCAACUACCAGCGGUACUUGAAGGUGGAGUAACCCGAGGUGUCACUCUAGUUGUUUCACCACUUCUCUCUUUGAUGCAGGAUCAACUUGAACAUUUGAGGAAAAUUAAUAUUCCAUCCUUGCCUCUUAGUGGUGAACAGCCUGUCGAUGAGCGUCGAAAAGUUAUAUCUUUCCUUAUGGCAGAAAAAGUAAUGGUAAAAUUACUUUAUGUUACACCCGAGGGUUUGGCAAGCAAUGGUGCGAUAACAAGGGUUUUGAAAAAUCUGUAUGAUCGAAAAUUGCUUGCCCGCAUAGUGAUCGAUGAAGCACAUUGUGUAAGCCAUUGGGGUCACGAUUUUCGACCUGACUACAAGCAGUUAGGGGUGUUGAGAGAUUCUUAUCGAGGUGUGCCUCUGAUGGCUUUAACAGCUACUGCCAAUGAAGUUGUAAAAAAGGACAUCAUAAACACCCUUAGAAUGGAUCGUUGCUUGGAACUCAAAUCUAGCUUUAAUCGCCCUAAUUUAUUUUAUGAGAUACGACCAAAGAAGGAUCUUUAUACAGAAUUAUAUCGGUUUCUCAGUAAUGGACACAUGCAUGAAUCGGGUAUUAUAUAUUGCCUUUCAAGGACUAGUUGCGAGCAAGUUGCGGAUAAGUUGAGAAAAGAUUAUGGAUUAAAAGCUUGGCAUUAUCAUGCUGGAAUUGACAAAAACGAAAGGCAAAGAAUUCAAAGCGAAUGGCAAGCUGGAAACUAUAAUAUUAUUGUCGCUACUAUCGCCUUUGGUAUGGGUGUUGAUAAAGGUGAUGUACGAUUUGUCAUUCAUCACAGUUUUCCAAAAUCUCUUGAAGGCUAUUAUCAAGAGACAGGUCGCGCUGGCAGAGAUGGAAAGCCAGCGCAUUGUAUAAUGUUCUACAGUUACAAAGACCAUGUAACCUUCCAACGAUUAAUUAUGAGCGGUGAUGGUGAUGCUGAAACGAAAGAUCGCCAGCGACAUAUGCUUCGGCAAGUUAUACAAUUUUGUGAAAAUAAAUCUGAUUGUAGAAGAAAACAGAUAUUAGCAUACUUUGGUGAAAGUUUUGACCGGGCACAAUGUUCUCGAGGUUGUGAUAUAUGUUGCGAAGAAGCGACAUAUGUAAAAAGGGAUAUGACCGAUAUUGCAGCCAAAGCUAUUAAAUUAAUACGAUCCCUAUCAGGAAAAACAACUCUUCUACAGUUAAUAGAUGUAUUUCGUGGUAGUAAAGGAGCGAAAAUUAUUGAAAACGGCUGGGAUAGACUAGAAGGAGCCGGCGACGGAAAGUCAUUGAACAGAGGAGAUUCAGAAAGACUAUUUCACCAAUUGGUUGCCGAAGGAAUAUUUGUUGAGAAAGUGGAAGCUAAUCGUAGAGGGUUCGUAUCGGCUUAUGUAUUACCCGGUAAGCAAACACUGUUAAAUGCGGUAAUAGCUGGGAAACACCGAGUUAUACUUGAGAUAAAGCAGGAAUCGUCAAAUUCUGGAAAUGAAAGCAGGGGCUUGACACGCAGCAAUACGCUGCCGAAUAUGACAAGAAAUUAUUCUUCAACUCUAAGGACGAAUAGUUCGACUAGUAAUCACGAUCAGUUUCCAGGAAAUGAUGACAUUUACGAUUCACAAUUGGCUCCGAACAAUGUAGGACGUGAAAUAGUAACGGGUCGCAAAAUCAAUUCAGAUAGUUUAUCUGGUAACAGUUUUAUGUCUGAAUAUGAAAUGGACAUUAUGAAUCGUUGUUUCGCUGAACUAAAGAUCCUUCGAAGUAAUCUAAUGGCGUUGAAUGAUUCUAGAGUUGGUUCGUACUUUACAGAUGCGAUUUUAUCUAGCAUGGCUCAAAAACUUCCUAGGAAUACUACGGAAUUAAAAGAGAUACAUGGGGUCAGUGGUGAACGCGCAGAAAGAGUUGGGCCACAAUUUCUUCAGAUUAUUCAAAAGUAUAUUGAUGAAAAAGAUCAAAAUUUGGCUGGAACCGAAUUGGAUCCUACGGUUGAGAGUAUUGAUGUUGAUGAAUUUGAUAAUAUCGAUGUACUCGAUUUUCAGCCUGAAGAAGAUGGUAAUGACUUUGAUGAAAAUGGUAGCGACUAUCAGCCUUCAAGUCCUCUGGAUGAAGCAUCGGUUACUCAAAGAAAUGAUAUCUUAAAUUUUAUGUGUAGUCAGUCUGUUUCUCAACAUGAACCUCGUCCUACUUCUCAGUCAACGACUGCUUCGAAUACAAGUACGUAUAGGAGAGGCGGUUCUCGAGGAGGUCGUUCUGCAAGGGGGGGCCGUGGACGAAGAGCAAUGCCUCAGCGUCGCAAAAGACCAGCGAAUUCUCAGUCCCGUCCUCGAAGAGCAUCAAACUCGUCCAGUUCAUUUAUUCGGCCAAUGGUUCGACAAAACUACAGCUAA